UUAGGUUACUUUAAUCGACUAAGAGAAAUGAGUUUGGAAAGCCAAAAAACGCAGCUUUUCUGCAAGCCACUCUCUCGAACAGAUAUCAAUGUGAGGCUUUCAGUUCCGAUGGAAAGUUUAGAUGCGUUUGAGUUCGCAGAGGGUGAAUUCAAGGUAGAUUUCAAAGCCAUAGACAUCGAAGAGAAGCCAUGGAGAUUUUGCCUCUCCAAAAGGGAGAAUGAUGUCCACCCCAAACCGGUGCUGUCCGCUGGAUGGCUUGCUUAUGUUCAGAAAAAGCGUCUUCAGAAAGAUGAUAAGCUCCUUCUCCACGUUGAACGUAAAGAGGAGGAGGAAAAGAGAUACCGAAUUCAAGUGCUGAGAAAAGCCUUCAAGCUUUGCGGAUCGGACAUUUGGGUCGACGUAGAGAACUUAAAGAAAGAUGUCUAGAAAGUUACACCCAUGAAAGUUCUUUGACGGGUUAGAAGGUUCUACUACAUACCUCAUGAUUCUGCUUUUUCUGUUAAUUAGAAAAUAAUACAGUGUAUAAUAUUUAGAGUUUGGGAUGGAAUCUCUGCUUUGAAAGCCAUUGGUGUCUGAACUGCCAUAGCUUUUAGUGAGAAGUAAUUAUGUUCUCUACCUCUUUAAUUAUGGUCAAUUUUAAUUCUUCUACGGGCAUUGAACAAGUUCCUUGAGAAAAUGUUAUACAGAUUUCGUUAUAGUUAAGCCGAACAGGCUCAUGUCUAUUGUAUUUUCAUCUUGUCUCGGUGACUUCAAUGGAUUUCACUCAUGUAUUAUAGGUGUAAUGGCUUGAAUUCCACAUCAAUAAAAAAUUGUAAUUAAGUUUGAUGCAUAUGUGUGGAAAUCAACUAUUAUUAACAAU